AAAAUGGCUCAAGCUGGAGAUCUGGAGCAGAUACAGUUCAGCUGUUCCAUCUGCCUGGAUCUACUGAAGGAUCCAGUGACUGUUCCCUGUGGACACAGUUACUGUAUGGACUGUAUUAAGGGCUGCUGGGAUCAGGAAGAUGAUGCUGGUGUCUACAGCUGUCCUCAGUGCAGACAGUCCUUCACGUCAAGACCUGUUCUGGGCAGAAAUACCCUGCUGGGUGAAGUCAUGGAGAAACUGAAGAAGACAGAACUCCAAGCUGCUCCUUUUGAUGGCAGUCCUUCUGCACCUGGAGAUGUGGAGUGUGACUUCUGUACUGGAAAAAAGAAGAAAGCUGUCAAGUCCUGCCUGGUGUGUCUCGCCUCGUAUUGUGAGACUCACCUCCAGCCUCACUAUGAGUCUCCAACUUUUAAGAAGCACAAGCUGACUGAUGCCACAGGACAACUGCAGGACAAGAUCUGUUCCCUCCAUGACAAAGUGCUGGAGAUCUACUGCCGCACCGAUCAACAAUGUAUCUGUUAUCUGUGUACCAUGGAUGAACACAGAGGACAUGAUACAGUCUCAGCUGCUGCAGGAAGGAGUGAGAAAGAGCACCAUCUACGAGCCACACAGAAGAAGUUCCAGAAAAGAAUCAAAGAGAAGGAGGAGGAGGUGCAGGAGCUGAGACGGGCUGUGGACUCGUUCACGCGCUCUGCACAGGCAGCGCUGGAGGACACCGAGAGCAUCUUCAGCGAGAUGAUCUGCUCUAUCGAGAAAAGACGCUCGGAGGUGAGAGACCUGAUCAGAGCUCAGGAGAAGACUGCACUGAGUCAGGCUGAAGGUCUUCUGGAGCAACUGGAGCAGGAGAUUGCUGAGAUGGAGAGGAGCAAUUCUGAACUAGAACACAUUUCACACUCACAGGAUGACAUCCAUUUCCUACAGGUCCACCAGUCUAUGAAUUCUCCUCUUGGACCUAAAGAACUGCCAAGCAUCACUGUGAAUCCUCACUGCUCCUUUGAGAAUGUGAUAAAAGCCCUAUCUCAGCUGAAAGCACAAGUAAAGGAUGUCUGCAGAAAGCAAGUUGCUCAUAUUUCAAGAAGAGUGACUGACCUCUACAUGGUGCUGCCUCCACAUCCCACAACCAGAGAGGACUUCUUAAAAUAUAUCUGCAAGAUCGCACUGGACCGAAAUACAAUGUCUACCACCGUGGAACUCAACGGAGACAACCAGGCGACCGUAAGAAAAAUGCAGAUACAAUGCGACGGCCCUUCGAGAUUUUCCAGUAUUCCACAGGUGCUGUGUAGGGAAGGUCUGUCUGGGUGCUCCUACUGGGAGGUUCAGUGGAGUGGGAAUGAUGGGGUUGACAUCGUGGUGGCGUAUAGAGAUGUAAAUAGGAGUGGAAUUUUUGAGAACUUCAGAACCACUGACAAGUCCUGGAGUUUGUUCUGCUCUCCAAAAAGUUACUUUUUCUGUCAUAAUAAGAAAAGAACUGCAGUAUCUGGUCCCCUUUCCUACAGAAUAGGAGUGUACCUGGACCACAGGGCAGGAACUCUGUCCUUCUACAGUGUCUCUAGGGACACAAUGACCCUCCUCCACAGAGUCCAGACCACCUUCACUGAGCCUCUCUACCCUGGGUUUUCAUUAUACUUUCAUACUGUUGCCAGUAAUAUUAACUUAAAUUCAUAUUCUGCAAAAACCUGGGGAAAUGCACAUGAUGUUGUCGGUUCUACAGUUCAGCUUUAGAAUAUGAAUGACAUACAAGUUAUCAGUUUUGAGCGAACAGUAACUUCAAAGUGAGAGAAAAUCUCAGAAUACAUUACAGAAAUUUGCCAAAAUAUAUACAGUAUGACAGGGUAUGCUUGAACUGAAUUUUACCUAAGAUUCCAAGACUUUUAGUAGUUUUUUUCCCCACAUAUAUUAAAAAUUAUUUGUGCAGCAGUUGUUACAUAAUUUGUAAUGUACAGUGUGUAGUGUAGUUACAUUACUUGUGUAGGUGACAUAUAGAACAGCAAAGAAUUAGAAUUUCGUAAAGGUAUCAAUUCAUAGAGAAAUCAGUUUAGGAACCUCUUCCUUUCAGUGGUGCAGUAACAGUCUGAACUUGUUCCAAAGAGUGAAUUAUAACCCAAAAUAAGUGAAACUCGUCAUCUCUAGUGCUGCUU